AUGUCAGCCGAGGAGGCAGCAGUAUUCCUACGCCCGCCUCCAAGGAGGUAUAAGUCCCACGCGGAGACUAAGGCGAAGGCGCGGAUAACGCCGCUCGUUCGUCAGGCGGCGGACGACACAAAUGAUCUCAGUACUCCAUUGCACGGUUUGCAUCUCAUACUGGCUCUGCCCGAAGCCGGUUCGGCAGUGCCCUUAAGGCUCUCUGAUGAAUGGCAAAGCGCGCUUUGUUGCGCGUUAAUUGGGAAUCAACCCACGUCCUCCGGCUGGCGUAGCCCUUUGGCCUCCACCGCCUCGGUGACAGCGGAGAGUGACGAGGAGUCUCCCUGGUCUAUGGCAAAACUCGAGCACAAUCUGUUCGACGAAUGGAUAACUUCGCCAGAGGCGCAGGAUAUUCCAUAUCAGCUCACAUUCCACAAACAGGAGAUAGCUAAACUAUCGGACAGUGGUUGGAUUGGACCGACCUAUUCGCCUAUUUGCUCUUCUACGAUCAUGGUGGACAAACGUGAUGAUGGCUCCGGGGAGCGGAAGAUGCGUAUGGUUGUCAAUUACCAGGCUCUAAAUGCCCUUACGAUAGCCCCUGCUUUUCCACUACCUCCCAUUCAAACCAUUAUGGAGCUGCUGGGAGGCGCCUAG